AUUAAGCAUUUCCCAAACACACAUACACACACUAGUAGUUCCCAAUGGCUAAUUUAGGUUUUGCUACCACCGUGCCAAUUUUCUUAGCCAUGGUUACGGCAAAUUUUGUAACAUACACUGAGGGUGCUCCUCGUGCUUUCUUUGUGUUUGGUGACUCUCUUGUUGACAAUGGCAACAAUAACUACUUGGCAACUUCUGCACGAGCUGAUUCUCCACCUUACGGCGUUGAUUAUCCCACUCAUCGUCCUACUGGUCGUUUUUCCAAUGGCUUGAACAUUCCUGAUCUUAUAAGCCAACAGCUUGGUGCUGAGCCAACAUUGCCGUACUUGGACCCUGCGCUUACAGGAGAUAAGUUGCUGGUGGGAGCAAAUUUUGCUUCUGCUGGAAUCGGAAUUCUUAACGAUACUGGGAUUCAGUUUGCGAAUAUAAUAAGAAUGCCGAGGCAACUAGGGUUGUUUCAACAAUACCAGCAGCGGGUGAGUGCUCUAAUAGGAGCAGAACAAACUCGGAGGCUAGUGAAUAAUGCGCUUAUCCUCAUCACUCUUGGUGGCAAUGACUAUGUCAACAACUACUUCCUCACACCAGUUUCUGCCAGACGUGUUCAAUACAACAUUCAGGAUUACUCUCGUUACCUUGUCACUGAGUACCGCAAGAUCUUGAAGAGACUACAUGAUCUGGGAGGUCGAAGAGUGCUAGUGACAGGAACUGGACCAUUGGGUUGUGUCCCAGCAGAGCUAGCAACGAGGAGCUCAAAUGGGGAAUGUGCAAAGGAACCUCAGCAAGCCGCAGCAGCUUUCAACCCACUCCUUGUCCAAAUGAUCAAACGUCUCAAUCAAGAACUUGGCUCUGAUAUCUUUGUUGCUGUUAAUGCCAUGGAAAUGCAGAACGACUUCAUCAACAAUCCCAAAGCCUUCGGUUUUGUUACAUCAAAGAUAGCAUGUUGUGGACAAGGUCCUUACAAUGGAAUUGGACUAUGCACAGCUGCAUCAAAUCUAUGCCCCAACAGAGAAGAAUAUGCGUUUUGGGAUCCUUUCCAUCCAUCAGAAAAGGCGAAUAAGAUUAUUGUUAAAACAAUUUAUUCUGGUUCUGACAAGUACAUCACACCUAUGAAUUUAAGCACCAUUAUGGCCAUCGAUUCUGUGUAGUAUGUACUACUUUAAUGUUUGAUAACAAUGAAACAAUAUGUAUUAUGCAAUGUUAUAUAGGUUGUCUUACAUGUUACCGUUAAUGUGUUUUCUGUGUACUCUAUACGGGCUCAAAGUGCUAGUUCGACGCUCUUCCAUCUUUAAUUCUGCAACUUUGUUAAAUAUCUAAGCUGAGUGAGAAAAGGAUAUGGCAAGUGUAUUUUGUAACACUAAUAUAUAUAGCAGCUUUACUUGGUUUUGUUCGA